AUGUCAGUCACCCGUAGUAAUGUUUCAUUAAAUGAGACAAGCUACCCAAACCAGGGAAUUAUGGAUAUACCCAAAGAUCAAAAAUCUUUGAACCUUUUUAUUUUUUGCUUGACUUUUGUCAUCACAUGCAUCACCCUCCUGGGUGGCAUCUAUUCAUUAGUGUCCCUGCUGAGAAUGCAGAACAAAAGUACUGUUUCAAUGCUUGCAACUUCCCUGAGUGUGGAUGAUCUGAUUAGCGUGGUACCAGCAACAAUUUUUAUGCUCAAGCCUUGGUUGAAUGAGAUGCUUCCCCAAACCUUGUGUACCACUUCAGCGCUACUAUACUUAUUUCAGGGCUUCUCCAGCAACUUGAUGGGGUCCCUUGUAGUUUCCUAUAACUUCUACAGCCUCAACAAAAUGGGAGCCAGCCAAGGGGCCACCAAGAGGCCAGUGAGCAUGAUAUGGGCUGUUCUCACUAUCUGGAUUGUCUGUUUGCUGAUUUGUAUUUUGCCUUUAUGUGGCUGGGGCACCUAUGCUCCCACCGCCUGGGGAUGCUUUAUUGACUGCUCCAGUUCGUACAUCUUGUUUCUCUUUAUAAUCUACUCAUUGUGUUUCUGUCUCCUAAUUGUGCUCUCCAUUCCUCUUAUUUAUCAGUUGCUGUGUUCAGAUGAGCAACAGCACUUUUAUGAUGAUUAUCAUCAAAUCACUGGAGGACAUUUUUCUCCUGGGGUACCUCGAUUUGACAGUCACACAUCAUCUCUUCCUUCAGAAGACACUGUGAAUAAAACCUUGAAGCACUGUCAGAACUUUGACCCAGUAACCAGACAAAGUCCAGAUGACCGCUGUCACUCGGACCAUUAUGGCACACGAAAUGUGCCUCCUAACAACCGGAACGUCACUGUGGAAUUUGCUCAGAAACGCUUCUCGCUAAUUCUGGCUCUGACCAAAGUCAUUCUUUGGCUCCCAAUGAUGAUACAAAUGGUUGUUCAAUACACAGUUGGGUUUCAAAAUCUUUCCUUUGAGAUAUUCAGCUUCCUGCUAACUUUACUAGCUGUCACUGUCACUCCGAUGUUUGUCUUGUCAGAGCACUGGAGUCACCUGCCUUGUGGCUGCAUCAUCAAUUGCAGAAAGAACAUCUAUACAGUGUCAUCAGAGAAAAGCAAGG